AGCUGACCCUAGAUAACGUCCUGCCGGAGAACUCGUCGCCCCCACCGAACUCCCCACGCGCAAAGCAGAGAGAGGAGAAUCCCAAACCCCAGCGACGACCAUGACUCCCCAAGCCCUCCUCCUCCUCCUCCUCGCCGCCGCCGUCGCCGUCGCCGUCGCCUCCGCGGCCCCGGCGAACGGCGCGGCCAACGACCUCCUCCCCAAGUACGGCCUCCCCAAGGGCCUCAUCCCGGACUCGGUCAGCUCCUACACCUUCGACGAGGCCACGGGCGACUUCGAGAUCCACCUCGCGGGCACCUGCUACGUCCGCUUCGGCGACCACCUCGUCUACUACGAGAAGACCCUCCGCGGCUGCCUCUCCAAGGGGAGGAUCACCGGCCUCGCCGGCAUCCAGGCCAAGAAGCUCUUCCUCUGGGUCUCCGUCUCCGGCAUCGUCGCGCACCCCGAGGAGGGCACCCUCGAGUUCCAGGUCGGCUUCGUCUCCGAGGAGCUCUCCGCCUCGCUCUUCGACCGGGUGCCCGUCUGCGGCGCCAGCGCCGGCGCGCAGCUCCGCGGCGUCGCCGGGGUCAUCCAGGAGCUUGGCCUGCUCCCCGUAGCAGAGGCUUGAGCUUGGAGCUGGGCGUUCGUUCCACUUGCAGCAAAUUCUCCUUGGAUCCUGGGGUGGUGUUACACGAGUAAUAAUAAUAUGUCGGGAGCCUUAUUUAGCUCAGGGAGAGAGGUUCUGCGGUGCUGUGCUGUUGAUCUUUGUACUACGUGUAUGUGGUCUGCUGUCUGGUUAGUGAACACGGAUUCUCUGUAGAAUUGUACAUCCGUUUGCUGCGACUGGAACCUGUGUAAAAAUGUACAUGUGGUUUCGUGUGGUUUGUUUCAUGGAGCAGUACUAUUUUUUAUAUUAAAAAAACUCGUUCUACA